UCUUCUUUUGUUCUAAAGGAGCGGGGUUCAUGUUUUCCCAGCAACCAGAGGACCUGGUAGUGGUGGCGGGUCAGCCGGUGACGUUAUCCUGCACCAUCCCUGAAUACCACGGUGUUGUCCUGUGGAUCAAAGAUGGCCUGGCGCUGGGAGUUGGAAGAGACCUCUCUGGCUAUCCACGUUACACAGUGAUUGGCGACCACGGCUCAGGGGAGCAUCAUUUGAACAUACAGGGUGUCGAGCUGAUGGAUGACGCAGUGUUUGAGUGCCAGGCUGUCCAGGCUGGCAAGAGGUCCCAUCCUGCCCGUCUCACUGUACUGGUUCCCCCAGAUGACCCAGUCAUCAGUGGGGGGCCAGUGGUGAGCCUGAGAGCCGGCGACCAUCUCAACCUAACAUGCCAUGCUGACAACGCUAAACCUGCAGCCUCCAUCAUCUGGAUCCGUAACGGAGAGGUCCUUAACGGGGCGAUGUACUCCAAGACGUUGCUCCGGGAUGGAAGGAGAGAAAGCAUCGUGAGCACGCUCUACCUAUCUCCUUCCAACAUUGAGACUGGUCAGCAGAUCAUCUGUAAGGCCUCCAACAAGGCAGUACCCAAUGGCAAAGAGACCAGUGUCACCAUUGAUAUCCAACAUCUCCCACUCGUCAAUCUCUCUGUGGAUCCUCAGCCGGUGUUGGAGGGCAAUAUGGUGAAAUUCUACUGCUCCGCAAAGGCCAACCCUCCUGUUACACUUUAUAGGUGGGCCAAAGGAGGAAGUAUAAUUAAAGAGGCCUUGGGAGACACGUACGAGGUCUUGGUGGACCACUCCUUCUUCACGGAACCCGUUUCCUGUGAAGUCACCAACUCUCUCGGCAGCACCAACAUCAGCCGUAACGUCGAUGUCUACUUUGGCCCUCGCAUGGCUGCAGAACCCCAAUCCCUGCAGGUUGAUCUCGGAUCAGAUGCGAUAUUUAACUGUGCAUGGACAGGAAAUCCAUCCCUCACCAUCGUGUGGAUGAAAAGGGGUUCUGGAGUGGUUCUUAGCAAUGAUAACCUACUGACACUGAAAUCUGUGAGACAAGAGGACGCUGGAAAAUACGUUUGUCGGGCUGUGGUCCCACGUGUUGGAGCAGGAGAGAAGGAGGUCUCUCUUACUGUCAAUGGGCCACCAACUAUAUCCAGCACUCAGACGCAGCAGGCUUUACACGGAGAGAAAGGACAAAUCAAGUGUUUCAUUCGAAGUACACCACCACCAGACCGCAUUAUUUAA